AUGCUCAUACCAGCCAUACUCUCACCCCCCUCCCGUCGCCGCUACGCCUCCGCCUCCACCGCCACCGCCGCGACGCGCCGACCGCCUCCCACCCCCAUAAACCCAAAGGUCUCCCCAGCGCCUCCUAAACCAAUAAACACCCCACCGAAGCCCUCCGAACCCUCGCAAUCCGGCCGCCACAGCGACCGCGUAGCCCGCGCCUCCGCCCUCCGCGCCAGCGUUCUGCGCCUCAACCCCCCCGAGACCGCCUACCCCCCGCCCCUGAACGUCGCGGCGCGCGCGCCGGGGCAGGGCUGGGCGUCGUAUCUCUGGCAGUCGGGCAAGACGUACAUCAGCUUCUACAAGGACGGGAUCAAGCGCGUGGGGAAGAAUGCGCAGUACGCGGGGGAGGUGAGGUGGAAGAUGCGGGAGAACAAGGGGCGUGUGGAUGCACAGGCGUCGCUGCCUCCAAUCACGCGAGGGGAUUGGCAAUUGUUGAGGCGGUCGAGGGGCGAUAUGAAGCGCUUGGUGCCGUUUGCGGCGCUGGUGCUGCUGCUGGGGGAGUGGAUGCCGCUGGUUGCGCUGUGGAUCACGCCGCUGGUGCCGGGCCCGUGUCGCAUACCGGUGCAGGCGCGGAAAGAGGCGGAGAAGGCGGAGCGGCGGCGGGCGAGGAGGAAGGAGCGGAUUCUCAUGGCGUCCGCGAAGGCUACGACACGGGUGGAGCAGCAGAAGCCGGCAGCUGAUGAUCUCUUCUCUGCUAUUGCGGUCAUGGAUAAACAGAGCUUGUUGGCUAUGGCGGCGCAGCUGGAUGCAUAUGCGGGUGCGUGGGACUUGCUGUAUUUUGAUCCCCCAGCGAGCUAUUUGAGGUGGAGUGUUAAGCGGCGGUGUGAGUACUUGGAGACGGAUGAUGCGCUGAUCAGGCGCGAUGGGGGUGUUGCGGGGUUGAAUGAUGAGGAGGUGAAGAUUGCGUGUGCGGAGAGGGGGUAUGAGACGCUGGAGAAGUCGGGAGUGGAGUUGAGGCGGGCGUUGAGUAGAUGGUUGAGUGAGAGUCUGUAG